GAGGAGGAGGAGGGCAGAAGGGGAUGGAGCGGUUAGGGAGAGGGCUCCACUACACCCCUCUACCUAUGCUGAACCCUAGACGCAGAGGAACGGGGAUCCUCUCCUCCCUCAUGCCCCCUUCAAUCGGGGAACGAGGGACGGGAGGGGUGACUGAAGAGGAGGAGGGAUAUUCUAUACUUCCGUGUAUCAACAUGGGUCCAGGGUUCCAGGCUGAGCUGCCAUGUUGUCUAGAGAGGGAGGAAGAGUCCAGGACAUGGCCAGAGGAAUCAUCAUCCAAUGAGGAGUUGCUCUGGAAACCAUGGGAGGAGCUUGGGAAGAGUUCUGUCAUCCAGGACCAAGUGGCGGCAAUGUUGUCUGUGUGUAGUUCUAGCUGUCUACCAGGAGGGGGCAGCAACACAGAGCUGGCCCUACACUGUCUCUACCUCUGUCAAGGAGAUACACUGGCCACACUGGAGAAGUUGCUAUUCUCUACUCCAUCAUCAGCAAGAGACUACCAUUAUGCUGGUAGUGAUGUGUGGCUGCAGACUGAGAGGUCUCUGUUCAGUAAAGCGUUGACAACACAUGGAAAAGACUUCCUCCUCAUCCAGCAGAUGGUACAGUAA